AUGCCUCCAAAGUUCCCUCUACAAGCCCGCUUUGCGGCGUGCCUCUCCACUAUCAUUUUGCUCAUCGUCCUUUACUUUAUCCUAUCCAGCCCACGAUUUGCGUAUGCAGUUGACGUUGACUCUAUAAUACGCGAGGAUCACAACCACCGUGUAAUACGAGAUUCAAACGUUCAGUUUUCUAAGCCGAGGAUUGCUGGGCAUGUCGAGAUGCUUACUGACAAUGUUACCGGCCAUGCUGUUCUGGCAAGAAGAGCUCCGGAGGGCGUGGAUUCACUGACAAAUAACGUACCAAAGUUAAAAAACAUUCAAAUGGGAGAGACGCAUCAUUGGGUAAUUCCGAAAAGCGUCGUCACAGGUCCAAAGUCGCCGGUACCUCCAGGGCUACCAAAAACCGUUGAAAUAAAAGAAGUGCAGCCAAAACCCUCCCUUGAUGAAGAAAGCAUGCAGGAACAACGAAAACGCAACGAGGAAGUAUCUCGCAGGACGAGUACGGUUUAUGUGACGCUUAAUACUUGUAUCCAACCAAUAUUGAAUGCAACCCAGCGAGCAGACGAUUCUUCUCCACCACAACUCCAGCUAUUUUAUUCGCAAGACGGUUCGGUAAAAGAGCCAGGCCCAAAUACGCCAAAUAUUCUGUCGGUAAACUUUGACGAUGGUUACGCUUCCGUGGAAAUCAACGCAGCUGGAGAUGUAUACAUUGGGGUCUUCGCGCCCACCCAUCCGAGAUAUGGUGGUAUAUAUAACUAUGAAGUUGCAGCGUCGAUAGAUGCUCCAUUUCAUAGCGCGGAACAGAAUACCCCCUUUUUGUAUUUCGUCGAUAGCGACAGCAACGCUGCUCUACUUCAGACAAACAAUCUCACCUCAGCCUCGGCCGGUGAAAGUUCAUACGAGGAAUGGAUGAAUUUAGACCCACCGCCUUUCACUCUUUUUGCUCAUAAUAUGAACCAUUCCGCCAUACUUGGAAUCCAGAAAUCCUUUUGCGGACUCAGCAAGAAUGCCCAGAUCAACAGGAUGGGUGGCUCGCUUCAAGUUAAAAUGUCAAAUAGAAGUAUGCACCCCAGAGAACAGUUCUAUAUCACGAACCUCAAUCGUACCUCGUCGUACUAUGGAAUCAUAGCAAUGGAAGGUAACUCAACGGCCUCUGGUAGCGGCGUUGUAGGUGGAGGAGGCAAAGUCUGGAAAGCGAUGAAUUUUACCACAAAAUCAGGCAAGUUCAAAAUUACUCAGGCUAUUUGA